AUGGGGAACCUCCUUAGUCUCGAGGAAAUAAAUUUGAGUCGAAAUCACUUCACUGGCCUCGUACCUUCUUCUUUCUCUAAUAUCACUUCGUUGAAAUUGCUUAUUCUUGGCAACAAUAGCUUCACAGGUGGAAUACCGGAAGAGAUUGGUAACACUAAGUUAGAGGAAUUAGUAUUACAUUUCAAUCACUUAACAGGUCCCAUUCCAGGAGCAAUCUUCAACAUGUCAACACUGCGACGUCGGCUCUCACUUGUGGUGAAUCAGCUUUCUGGAAAUCUUCCAUCAAACAUAGGCCAUUCAUUACCCAACCUUGAAGGACUUUUUUUAGGAGGAAAUACCCUCAGCGGAAUUCUUCCUCACACUAUAUCCAAUGCUUCCAAUCUCAUUAAAUUAGAGCUUUCGGAAAACAUGUUCAGUGGUUCAGUUCCCAACUCCCUUGGUAACUUGGCGCGUCUCGAAUAUCUAGGCAUUUAUCAAAACAAUUUCAUCAGUGAAUCUUCUUCCUCUCCAGAAUUGAGCUUCCUGACUUCUUUGACAAAUUGUCCACGCUUAACAGAACUGCAGAUAGCUGAUAACCCUCUAAAUGGCACCCUUCCCGUUUCCAUUGGUAAUCUCUCCUCUUCAUUCGAAACUUUUAAUGCAACUUAUUGUGGGAUUGAGGGAAAUAUUCCUAAUGAAAUUGGUAAUUUAAGCAAUUUGGCAUCAUUGUAUUUAACUGGCAAUCACUUGACUGGGUUUAUUCCCAUAUCCAUCAAAGGGUUAAGGAAACUCCAAAGGUUGUAUCUUGACAAUAAUGGGAUAGUGGGAUCUAUUCCUGAGGUUCUCUGCCAAUUAUUCAACCUGGGUUUGAUAAGUUUGAGUGAAAAUAGUCUUUUUGGUCUAAUUCCAGAAUGCUUAGGGAAUGUUUCUUCCCUAAGAUAUAUAUAUCUAGGAUCCAACAGAUUAACUUCACCCAUACCUGCAACCCUUUGGAGCCUUGAAUAUCUUUUGGAGUUAAACAUCUCCUCAAACUCUUUAAGUGGAUAUUUACCCCCAGAGAUUGGAAGUUUUAAAGUUGCUACCGAAAUUGAUCUAUCAAAGAAUCAAUUCACAGGAAAUAUUCCUAACACCAUUGGCGGCUUGCUAGAUAUAAUGAAUCUUUCUUUGGCAAAUAAUAGGCUACAAGGACCAAUUCCGGACAUAUUUCGAAGCAUGGUAGCCUUGGAAUUCUUGGAUCUUUCUCAUAACAACCUUUCUGGUGUGAUCCCCCGGUCGUUAGAGACACUAUUGCAUCUUAAAUAUUUUAAUGUAUCUUUCAACAAACUAAGAGGAGAAAUCCCCACUGGAGGACCUUUUGCAAACUUCACGAAUCAAUCGUUUAUGUCGAAUGAAGCAUUGUGCGGUGCCCCUCAGUUCCAAGUCUUGCCAUGCGAUACUAGCACUCAUCAUAGAUCAAGGAUAAAAAGAGUGCUUCUCGUCUUGUUGCUGAUUGCAUCAAUAUUUCUUGUCUUGAUGGUUGCAUUUGUAUAUUUGAGAUGUCGAAAGAAAAACAAAACUCCAAUUCAAACUGGUUCAAUACUUGCAACUGAAAGAGAAAGAAUUACAUACCAUGAACUUCUACAAGCAACUGAUGGGUUUGGAGAAAGCAACUUGCUUGGCAUCGGGAGUUUCGGUUCAGUUUAUAAAGGUAUGCUGAUUGAUGGAACUAUUUUGGCUGUAAAGGUAUUCAAUCUGCAGCUAGAAGGUGCUUUUGAGACUUUUGAAACAGAAUGUGAAAUUUUGCGCAACAUCCGACACAGAAAUCUCACAAAAAUCCUUAGCAGUUGUUCUAACUUUGAUUUCAAAGCCUUGAUACUCCAGUACAUGUCUAAUGGGAGCCUUGAAAAGUGGUUGUAUUCUCACAACCACUUCUUGGAUAUCUUGCAGAGGUUAGAUAUAAUGAUAGAUGUGGCAUGUGCAAUCGACUAUCUCCACAAUGGUUAUUCAACGACUAUUGUUCACUGUGAUUUGAAGCCAAGCAAUGUCCUUCUAGAUGAAGAUAUGGUUGCACAUGUGAGUGAUUUUGGAAUUGGGAAGUUCUUGGGUGAUGAAGAGAGUAUUACACUAACCGAGACACUAGCUACAUUUGGGUAUAUUGCACCAGAAUAUGGAAUUGAAGGAUUAGUAUCCACAAGGUGUGAUGUUUACAGUUAUGGCAUUAUGUUAAUGGAAACAUUUACAAGAAGGAAACCAACUGAUGAAUUAUUUGCUGGAGAGUUGACCCUCUGGGGUUGGGUAAAGGAGUCUUUACCCAAUGCUGCAAUUCAGGUCAUAGACUCCAACUUGCUAAGGCCAAAGGAAGAAGACUUUACUACAAAGGUGCAGUGUGCGUCGUACAUCAUGGAAUUAGCUCUGAAUUGCUCUUCAGAAUCACCUCAGGAAAGGAUGCGUAUGGGUGAUGUUCUAGCAGCACUCAAGAAGAUUAGACUUUGGUUCCUAGCUAACCGUGCGUAG